UCCCCCUUAGUACUCAAAGUGAAACAUCUGAGACCCAUUGCUUUCAUUCUAUGAGAAACAGCCACAUACGUACAUUUAAAGUCGAAAGUAAGGAAUCAAUACUACGCAUUUUGUUGUAUAUGGUGUUCUUUCAACUAAUUGCUAAUGUUAACGCGUUUUGUUUGAAAUGAAAUUCUUUCUACUAGUUGCUAUUAUGCAUUAUUGUAUGGGAAGGUCCUCUGUGUGUGUUGCUACAGAUUUCGACUCAAUUCAGACCUGCACACAACAGACAAGAGAGUGUCCAUCGGAGAGGCUCCAAUGGAUGAGACUCUGAUGCCUAAGUUAGUCUUGGAUUCAAUAUUGAAAGAGUAGUGGGAGAGGGAGAGAAAGCGACAUGCUUUUCUUAACCUUCCUUUUCCCUUUUAUAGGAUAGCUGUCAUGAAACCCUAAUCCCCAUAAGGGGGUGGAAUACCUUAUUUGCCCCAUAAGGGGGUGGAAUACCAUAUUUGCCCUGUAAGGGGUGAAAUGCCUUCUUUGACCUUGUGGGCAGGUGCUUUUGCUUUUGAGUUUGAGAGGUCUUUUGAUUUGUGGUUGUUUACCAUGUGUCCCCCGCCUAUUGGUGAAGUUAUUUUAUGGCGUAUCAGUGUGUAUUCAUAUUAUGUUUCAUCAUCAACUAUUUUUUUAUAUGUAUUUUGAAUAUUUGAAUUCACUACUCUAUUUUUUGCAAUAGAUAGUGAUCAAUGAUGGCGUGGGGGAAUAGGAGAAGUCAAAAAAUCGUUUAUGCUUUAUAUCUACCUUCAAUUAAAGGAUCAAGCAAAUCUAUUACAUAAAGAUGUGGCUCAGACAAAGGUAUUGAGGUCAGUGCAAGUACUCAAAUACGUAGGAUCUGGCUCACCUCCAUAGAGCCCAGGGACUAGUGAGUGAUUCUAUGGCAAGGAGGACCCAGACACACAUCCCUAGGUCACUCCAACCCUAGGAUCACUCUCUGGUCCCUAGGUUCUAUGGAGAGGAAUCCUAUUCCAAAUACGUAUUAGAACUAAAAAGUCUCUCAUAUGCCCCUCCCAUUCCAACCUGAAGCAUACCUAACCUCCUCCCUUUAAGUAUUCAAAACAUGGAAUCUCAUUGAAGAAUAUAUGACCAUUAAAAACCCAAGGGAGGAAGCAUCCUAUAAGGUGCACCAUAUGGUUGAGACAGAUUACCGUAUCUAACUAGUGAGUUAUCCAGGUAAUCUUCCGCCCAUCCAUUGGUUAGAUUGCCAAAUCAUCAGUUCACAUGGCAAUAAAACUACUACAUGGCAAAAAGGCUUCCAUGCAAAGGCAUCACAAUGAAAACCUUCUCACUUUUUAUGGAAAGAACCAAUAACCUCAUCUGCCCAAGGUGGUCUGCCUGGUUAGGCCUUUCCGGGUCAGUAUCAAAACCAAUACAAAAGUAUGGUCGGACCAUCUUGGAUUUGAAAGAAAAAGCUUUAAACACCCGCCAAUUCAUCAAAUUAAAUGAGAAGUAUCCAUAUAUAGUGGGUGGAAGAACUGAGACUAUCAUCUUCGUCCACCAGUCCUUACAGCCUAAACAAGUCCGCCUAUACUUAUCGCCUAUUCUUGUCAGAGCCAAAUCACCUAUUACCACGUGUCAAAUUCCCUUGCUUUCCCGCGCCUUUUUUUGCUGACAUGGCUAAUUUCCUUUUAAUUCUCAUAUACAUAAGAGCCCCAUCAGUCAUAGCUUGCAUUUGCAAGCUACAGAAAGCGAGAAACGAAGCUCUUGAGAGGGUUAAAUUCGUAUCUGAUUCUCCUACUGGGGUUGAUAUUGAAAGAUUGUAAUUGAAGUUAGAUUUCUUAGUUUCUAGAGAUGGUAAACAGGAAGAAGAAACAAAAAUCUGUUGCUAGUAAACCAGAAGUUGUGGAAACCAGGAAUAAUGAGAACACAAGGGGAUAUGGUGUGGAAAAAAUGAAAGAAAAAAACGUAGAUGAUAAGGCUGAGGAAAAGAAACCUACUGGUUUUAUUGAGGUUGAUAGUGUGUCUAAAACUGUUUCUAAGAAACAGAAAAGAGGUGCGGACAGGGAGAUGGCAGAGGCGUUCUUCCUGUCCCCUGAAAUUGGGUCAUCUAGACUCCGCCCGAGGAAGGAUAUACCUUCCUUCCGAAGGGUGUUACUAAGUUCCAAUGAUUUUGACAGAAUCGUGGGGAAGAGGGUGAAAGUAUUCUGGCCAGACUCGAGGAGAUGGUUUUCUGGUCGGAUAAAGUCGUUUGACCAGGAGAAGCAGCUCCACACUGUUAUCUAUGAUGACGGUGACAAGGAGCAUUUGGAUUUGAUGCAAGAGCGUUUUGAACUUGAGAUUUUUCCGAGUGAAACAUUCAUUUUAUCCUCUAGAUCAGAGCCCAAGUUUCCAGAUACUGGUGAGGGGAGUAGAGACUCUAUAAAUGAGGGUUCACAUAUUAUAGAUGAUGCUGAAACUGUAAACACAAAGAUGAAGCGGAGCAUGUCAUCAAGAGCCCAAAAAAGGACGUCAAAGAAAGAGGGGUUUGAACCAGAGAAAAAGUAUGCUAGGAUGGUAAGUGAACCCUCAAAGGCUGCCAAAGGAAAGCAUCCAAAGCUGCAAAGUGGAAAAGAUACUGAUAGUGAUGAAGUAAGUGAAAAAAUUGAGCAGAAGAUGGCGACUGGUGAAAUCUAUAUGGACAAAACUGUGGGUGCUAGUUCUCAGGAACAUCACAAUGAGGCUGAACUGCACACUGGUAAAAAAGAAUUGGGUUCUGAUGGCAGUGAGGUAAGUGGAGAAUCUGCAAAAGUGGAUGCCACUGAGGUCAAUGAUGUUAAUCCAUUUGAAAAGAAGGGAAAGAUCAAGAGGAAAAAAACAUCAAAGGAAGCAAAAAAGGGCAAGGCAGAACCAAAAGUCAAAAGAAAUACUGAGGAUGAGAAGUUAGCGCACUUGGAGGACAUGGAAGCUGAUGUGCUUCCUGAAAUAGUUGACAAGAAGAAAACCGUUGGAAAAAUCACUAUGGAAAGAUCUGAAAAUCUUGAUGAUGGGAAAGAUCAGACAGGAUUUGAUUCAAACCAAGCAAGUGGUGGAAGCAAGGAAGCAUCUGAAGUUCAGAGUACUCAAACAAAAUCUCUUAAUAAAGAAGAAGAUCCCGAGGUUCUUGGUAUACAGAAAAUUGAGAGUCAUGAAGCUGCAGGAGAUAAAGUGGAGCCAGGAGACGAGAAUAUUUUGGAAGAAGGAAGAGAGGUGAAUAUUAUUAGUUUGACAAACCAGGAAACCGCCUCAGAUGGGGGGCCUGAUGCAAAGUCCUCAGAUUCACAGCCAGUAUCAAAUGCCAAAGCCAAUGAAGAGGAAAAUCAGGAUAAUGUGGAAAGCCAGGAAGAACCUCUAAUAAAGAUGCUAGCAAGGGCCAAAUCUAGGAAGUGAAGUGCUGGUUGACUGAGAAGGAGCUUUCACCUUCCUGAUUAGGUGAUUCUGUUGUGUUUGCAUUGACAUGUUUGGAGCAUCGACUGGAAUCAGUUGCUUGGGAUAUUUCAACCUAUACUGGAAAGUAAAUUUAGGAAUUAUACAUUUAUACUCCAUUAUUCCAACUUUGGGAUAUCAGUGAAUUUUUUUACCCUUUUUUUUUUUUGGUGGGUAUGCCUUUGCGCAUUUUGACGCUUGAAACUCCAUCCAAUUUUGGAACACCUGUUGUCUAUUUAUACUCAGUUUUUGCUCCAAAUUGCAUGGUCAUGGAUUCUGAUACCUAUGUCAUUUACCGUUACUGUACAAAUGGGAUUUUAUUCUCUUUCUCUGCC